AUGGCACUGUCAUUAGACAUGUUAACAAGGAAAUCGGGGAAAAUAUCACAAGGUCACACACCUAGAUUUCUGGAAAAUAACUAUCUGUUUGUUUUGGCCUUGUUAUUUGCCACUGAGGAGAUCAACAACAACCCACAUCUUUUACCCAACAUAUCUCUAGGAUUUGAUCUCUAUAAUGCUCUAAACAAUGAAUGGAAUAUCCUGCAGGAUGCUUUUAUUUGGCUCACAGGACAGAGACAAAUCAUUCCUAAUUACACCUGUAGAAGGAAGAGCAAGGUAACUGCUGUGCUUACAGGACCAUCAUCAGCAACAUCCACACAUUUUGGGAGACUUCUGGAUCUCUACAAAUUCCCACAGGGUGAAGAGGAAGAGGCUGGAGUUGAUAUAGGAAUUUUUGAAAUUCAGCAUUGUCAGCAGUUGUCUGUAAAACUCUCACUUACAUUUGGAUCAUUUGACACCAUCCUGAGUGACAGAGGCAAGUUUUCUUCUCUCUAUCAAAUAGCUUCCCCAGACACAUCUCUUCCAUUUGGCAUUGCUCUGAUGAUGGUUCAUUUUAGCUGGACCUGGGUGGGGUUGCUCCUCGUAGAGGACCACAAAGCAUCUCAGAUUCUUUCUGAUUUGAGAAGAGAAAUGGAUAGAAAUAAAGUGUGCAUAGCUUUUGCAAAAAUGAUUCCAGACACGAACUUUCCCACUCUUAAUUUUAUCGUGAAAACUCGAGUGCAGAUUCUAGAAUCAUUGACAAAUGUGAUUAUCAUUUAUGGUGACUAUGAUUCCCUAAAAUUUUUAAUAGUGAUUUUAUCACAUGAUUUACUGACAAUGAAAGUCUGGGUCUUGAAGUCACGAUUACAUACUUCUUCGUAUGUUCAUUCACAUGAGUUCCUGGUUGACUCAUUCCAUUCAGGUCUCAUUUUUUCCCACCACCUUUCAAAGAUUACUGGUUUUAAAAAUUUCUUGCAGACAAUUAAUCCUUUCAAAUACCCAGAAGACAAUUUCCUUGCUAUUUUGUGGCACAGACACUUCAAUUGUUCUUUUUCUCAACAUGAUUGUAAAAUUCUGGGUAUCUGUCUACCCAAUGCUUCCUUGGAGCAGUUGCCUAUGAAAAAUUGGAAAAUGGGCAUGACUGAAGAGAGUUAUAAUAUAUAUAAUUCUGUGUAUGCUGUGGCUCACAGUCUCCAUGAAAUGAUCUUUAGUCAAGUACAAAUUCAACCUCCCAGGAAUGUGGAAGGAAAUGUCUACCCCUGGCAGCUUCAUCCUUUCCUAAAGAAUAUUCAUGUCAAAAACUAUGCUGGAGGCAAUGUGGUUUUGGAUUUGAAAAGGAAAGUAGAUGCAGAGUAUGAUAUUCUUAACUUCUGGAAUUCUCCAGGAGGUCCAGGACAUACUGUGAAAGUUGGAACAUUUUAUCCAAAGUCUCCACAGGGUCAACAACUAAUUUUGUCUCAUCAUAUAAAAUGGCCAACAGGACUUACAGAGAUUCCUCGCUCUGUGUGCAGUGAGAGCUGUGGUCCUGGAUUCAGAAAGUCCCCCCAGGAUGGGAAGCCUGACUGUUGCUUUGACUGUAUAACUUGUCCAGCCAAUGAAAUCUCCAAUGAAACAGAUGUGGAUCAUUGUGUGAGGUGUCCAGAAAGUCAUUAUGCAAAUGCACACAAGAACCACUGUCUCCAGAAAGCAGUGACCUUUCUGUCCUAUGAAGACCCUUUGGGGAUGGCACUCACCUCCUUGGCCCUGGGCUUCUCUGCACUAACAGUUAGUGUUCUUGGUGUCUUUGUGAAGUACCACCACACUCCCAUCGUCAAGGCCAACAAUCGGUCUCUCACUUAUAUCCUGCUCAUCACUCUGACCUUCUGUUUUCUCUGUCCCUUGCUCUUCAUUGGCCAUCCCAACACAGCCACCUGUGUCCUGCAGCAGAGCACAUUUGCCGUUCUGUUCACAGUGGCUCUCUCCACAGUCUUGGCCAAAACUCUAACUGUGGUUCUGGCUUUCAAGAUCACAGUUCCAGGGAAAAUGGUGAGGAGGAUAAUGAUAUCAAGGGCUCCUAACUACAUCAUUCCAGUCUGCACCCUUAUCCAACUUGUGCUCUGUGGAAUUUGGCUGAGCGCCUCUCCUCCUUUUGUUGACUCAGAUGCUCACACUGAACAUGACCACAUAAUUAUUAUAUGCAACAAGGGCUCCUCUAUUGCCUUCCACUCUGUCCUGGGAUACCUCUGCUCCCUGGCACUUGGUAGCUACACCAUGGCUUACCUGUCCAGGAACCUGCCUGACACAUUCAAUGAGGCCAAGUUCCUGUCAUUCAGCAUGCUCGUGUUUUUCAAUGUCUGGAUAACCUUCCUCCCUGUCUACCACAGCACCAAGGGCAAGUCCAUGUUAGCUAUGGAAGUCUUCUCUAUCUUGGCUUCCAGUGCAGGGCUUCUUGGAUGCAUUUUUGUUCCCAAGUGCUACAUUAUUUUGUCAAGACCAGAGAGAAACUUGCUUUAUCACAUCAGGGACGAAACACAUUCUAGGAGAAAUGUUCUUCAUUCAUUUCCUUCUUAA